AGCGACGCGCGACAAAACAGAAUCAGCCGGGAUACACAUACAACUCCCAGCAAAAGGCCGCCCGACACUCCACGGCCAGCCUCGCCUGACCUCAAUUGAGCGGGUCGAUGGACCCGACCGUGGACGGCGACAUAGGGCAUGCAGAGACAACAACGCUGCCCGAUGCAGAGCUGCUAGACUCCCCGGCGUCGCUUCUACUCGACUCACACGAUGUCGAUGUCGACCUUAGCCAAGUAAGCGACACGAAGGAGCCAAGGAGGGUCAAAGUGUACGAGAUGAAAGGCGACGCAUGGCGCGAUCGAGGCACAGGCUUCUGUAUGGGGCUGAUACGCGAAGUAACCUAUGCCGGUGACAUACAAGAAGAAGGCGAUAGUCCUGCAGAGACUCAAAUUGCAGAGAAUGAGACCGCGCCGACAGAUGCGCCGCAGUCGCCGCCAUCGCCUGCCCCGCCGCCGCGACAACAAGCGUAUUUUCUCGUCAAAAGCGAGGAACUCAAAGAUACCAUUCUGCUCGAGAGUAAGAUUCUUAAGGAGGAUCUCUAUCAAAUACAGCAAAAUACAUUGAUUGUCUGGCAAGAAGUGGACGGUACAGAUGUGGCGUUAAGUUUCCAAGAGGAAGCUGGCUGCCUCGAGAUAUGGAAUUUCCUUCGACAUGUUCAAAAGACCCUGCAAGGUCAAGCGUGGGAGGGACCUGUAGAGCGGAUACAAAACAUCAAUCCAGAUGAUCUCUCGGACGACGAAGGUGAGUCUGCGCUCGACCCGAUACAUUUGCCAGACCCAUCCCUUGCCAAGUUGCCGGAAAUAGAAGAGCUUGUCUAUGCGGCACUUGGCUCGAUUGUGAGACGCGAGAAUCUUGCAAAGUUCAUACUCGGCGAGGACUAUGUCGCGAAGCUCGUGACGCUGCUCGAGGUGGCAGAAGACUUGGAAAGCCUACGAGACUUGCAUCGACUGUGCAAUGUUGUCAAGAGCUUCAUCCUCCUCAAUGAUGCUGCCAUAUUUGAAAGCAUACUACGCGACGAGGUGUUUCUGCAGAUUGCUGGCAUACUCGAGUACGAUCCUGACUUUCCGAACCACAAGGCAGAGCAUCGCAAAUACCUGUCAGACACGAGCAAGUUCAAGGAGGUCGUUCCUGUCAAUGAUCCAGAAAUCAAGCGCAAGAUACAUCAGACAUUCCGGCUACAAUACAUCAAGGACGUCAUACUGGCCAGAAUACUGGAUGACCCAACCUUUUCCAUCCUCAACACACUCAUUUUCUUCAACCAAGUUGACAUUGUUCAGCAUUUUCAGCAUAACGAAGAGUUUCUCGCGGCACUCUUUGGUCUUUUCGACGAUCCUAAAUCAGAUCAGGCUGCACGGCGUGACGACGCUGUCCUGUUUAUACAGCAAUUCUGCAGCAUUGCAAAGACGCUGCAACCACCGGCUCGCACGGCCUUGUACCAGGCUUUUGCGCAAAACGGUCUAUUAAAAGUUAUUGUCUAUUCUCUUUCGACACAAGCACGGAGGCAUAUCUGCUUGGCUGGCGCUGAUAUUCUCAUGGCGACGAUUGAUCAUGACCCGAAACUGGUUCGCUCUUAUAUAUUGGAGCAACAUGGCCAGGGAGAAACGACUCUUGCAGAGACACUUAUACAGCUCCUCAUUUCUGAGCAAGAUCUCGGUAUCAAAGCACAGAUGAUGGAGGCGGUUCGUUUGCUGACUGAUCCGUCAGCUGGGCCUCCAACAGAUGCGGCUGGACAACCGCAUAAACCAGACAUGGUCCUUCGUCGGCGAGAAGAUCCCGAGACGGAGAAGUUCCUAGAAGUCUUCUAUGAACGGCACGUACAGCAGCUCAUGUCGCCAUUGCUCGAGGCAGGAUUUGGCCAAGUUGACACUUUACCCUUUGAGACGUCACAGCUCUACAUUCAUUUAUGCGAUUUGCUCUGCUUCUUCAUCAGGGCGCACACAUUUCACAGCAAGUUCUGGAUUCUGUCCACCAACAUCUCUUGCUCCAUCUCGCAAAUCUUUGCUACGCGCGAGAAGCAUCUCAAGUUGGCAGCGCUACGAUACUUUCGCAUUUGCAUUGGAGCGAAUGACGAAUUCUACAACAGACAUCUCAUCAAGAAUCGCCUACUCGAUCCACUCGUCACACUACUCCUCACGGAAGGCAGUCGCAGCAAUCUCCUUAAUUCAGCAGCACUGGAAUUCUUUGAGCUCAUUAGGAAGGAAGGCAUGCGUGGCUUAAUUUACAACAUUACCGAACACUUCCGUGAGGAGAUUGAACGCUGUCCACAUGCGGAAACGCUCAAGGGUAUCCUUGUCAAGUGGGAGCAAUUCGAAGCACCGCCGCCACCACGACCAAGAUUACCAACACCUGAGGGCAAACGUGAGAGUCUUGGUGAUAAAUGGCAGCAAGAUGCACAGGAAGCUGCGUACUUUGAUGGUGAUGACGAGGCACGCGCGAUGCGCUCAACGAAUAUUGCUGCAGGAGUCAAGCGGCCACUUGUGAGCGAAGAGUAUGAUGCGGAUGAGCAAGAGGCUGAAGCGGGUAAGGAGAAUGAGCCGGAAGUCUCACCACAAAAGCGGCAUUCUGCUGGCCUCCCCGGAGAAUUGCAGGAUCAGGAAGAGUUGUCCAUUACAGAAGCGAUUGAGAGCAAACUUGCUCAACGGCAAUCGAAAGCAGCCGCAGCCGCAGCAGAUGAUACAGUCAUGGAUGGAGUGGUUGCUCAGAGCACAAGUCCAGCACCAUCACCGGAUGGUCCUGGCUCCAUGACGCGCGCAAGACGGGCUGGGAGUCUUGGUGGUCAAAAUGCGUCGCCUGACAGGAAGAGCAAAGAGACGACACCGGGCAAGAAGCGCCUCAUGUCUUUUACAUUUGGCAGGAAGCGGGCGAUGAAGCAACAGUCGCAGCCUCAGCAACCACAACAACCUGCCGAGGAGAAGAGCAGCAGCAAGGGGUGAGUACGCGUGAUGGGUCGACCUUGUGAGAGAUGUCGUAUUUGGCGCUCUAUGACGUACCAUGGGAGCCAAAAGUAUAAAGGAAAGUAGCAAGCUGCCUUCAUCUAA